AGCAGAAACAGAAAACUAUGUUUCCCGCACACACCUUGAGAAGGACCGGUAGGAGGACCACACACCGCUGCCCAGAGCUCCUAGCGGACUAAACCCGGUCUCAGAACCGGGACAGCACGGGGUCGUCUCAGAGCCAUUGGCCGGGGCAGGGCGGCUGUGAGCGGCAGAAGGAGGUCGGGGUUCCCGCUGCUUGAGCCAACAGAACAUGGAGCUUGAGAACAUAGUGGCCAACACGGUGCUCCUGAAAGCACGCGAAGGGGGUGGCGGUAACAGAAAGGGGAAGAGCAAGAAAUGGAAGCAGAUGCUCCAGUUCCCCCACAUCAGCCUUUGUGAAGAACUACGCCAGAGCACCGAGAAGGACUACAGCAGCCUGUGUGAGCGACAGCCAAUAGGAAGACUUCUCUUCAGACAAUUCUGUGAGACGAGGGACGGACUGCGUCGCUGCAUCGCCUUCUUGGACGCGGUGGCAGAGUAUGAGGUCACUCCAGAUGAGAAGAGGCAAGAAUGCGGACAAAAACUCCUCGACAUCUACUUCAAACCAACGUCUAGUCAUUACAUGCAGGAGCUGGAAGCGGAGAUGAUGGGUCAGUGUGUUGACAGACUGAAGGAGGAGGAGGAGGAGGUGUCCAAGGAGCUAUUCAAACACGCUACCAAGCUGGUCCACGAGUACCUCAGCAUGGCUCCCUUCUCAGACUACCUGGACAGCAUGCACUACAACCGCUUCCUCCAGUGGAAGUGGUUAGAGAGACAGCCGGUUACCAAGGGAACCUUUCGUCAGUACCGAGUCCUGGGCAAAGGAGGCUUUGGCGAGGUGUGUGCGUGCCAGGUGCGGGCCACCGGGAAGAUGUACGCGUGUAAGAAGCUGGAGAAGAAGAGGAUCAAGAAGAGGAAGGGGGAGUCCAUGGCGCUGAACGAGAAGACCAUCCUGGAGAAGGUCAACAGCCGCUUUGUGGUGAGUUUGGCGUACGCCUACGAGACGAAGGAGGCGCUGUGCCUGGUGCUGACGCUGAUGAACGGCGGCGACCUCAAGUUCCACAUCUACCACAUGGGCGAGAGCGCCCUGGAGGAGGAGCGCGCCGUGUUCUACACCGCCGAGAUCUGCUGCGGCCUGGAACAUCUGCACCGCGAGAGGAUCGCCUACAGGGACCUGAAGCCAGAGAACAUUCUGCUGGACGACCACGGUCACAUCCGGAUCUCAGACCUGGGCCUGGCCGUCCACGUGCCUGAAGGAGAGAGCAUCAAGGGCCGGGUUGGCACCGUGGGAUACAUGGCCCCCGAGGUGGUGAAGAACGAGCGCUACUCCUUCGGCCCGGACUGGUGGUCCCUGGGGGUCCUGCUGUACGAGAUGAUCCAGGGCUCCUCCCCCUUCCAGCAGAGGAAGAAGAGGAUGAAGAGGGAGGAGGUGGAGAAGCUGGUGACGGAACAGAACGAGGAGUACUCGGACAAGUUCUCCGACCUGUCCACGUCCCUCUGCCAGAUGCUGCUGGUCAAGGAGCCAUCUGAAAGGCUGGGCUGCCAACAGGGCGGGGCCCUGGAGGUGAAGGCCCAUCCCAUCUUCAGCUCCAUCAACUUCAAGCGGCUGGAGGCGGGGAUGCUGCCCGCGCCCUUCAUCCCUGACCCCCAGGCCAUCUACUGUAAGGACGUCCUUGACAUCGAACAGUUCUCCACGGUGAAGGGGGUGGAGCUACAGCCCGAGGACGAGACCUUCCACGGCCAGGUCUGCAGCGGCUGUGUGUCCAUCCCCUGGCAGAACGAGAUGGUGGAGUCGGAGUGCUUCGGGGAGCUCAGCGUUCUGCAUGCCGAGGGUCCGGUCCCCCCGGAUCUGGACUGGAGGGGCCAGCCGCCCCCCCCUCCCAAGCAGGGCAUGAUGCACCGGAUGGUAGGAAGACAGGGGUGCUGUGGUAACUGCAGCGACAGCGACGAGGAGCCGACCAGACUGUAACAGACACGGGACAACCGAGAGUUUGACGGUUGGAUAGAUGGGCGAGUGAAGGGACGGAUGGACGGAGACAGACGGAGAGGCAGAAGAGACUCCUUUCUACCCAACUCAGGAUCUGGACUUGUUUACAACUUUUGUACAUUUGUAUUUUUAGGAUGUAUGUGAACAGAUAUGUCUCAGGAUGUAUAUUUUGUAGGCAUAAUUAAGUAUGUUUAUUUAAAAUGUGAGAACGAG